UCCUGUUUGUUUUGUGGAGCUCGUCUGUUCUCUAUCGCUCUCUCUUUCUUAGUCUCUCUGGUCUUUGCAAGUUGCCACAAAUAAAAAACCAGUUGAUUAGAGAAUUUUGUCCAACGUACGUGUAUAGCUUCCCACUAGACGGGAAAAAAGUCCGGAAAAUCGAAAAAUAUCUAGGAAAUCCAUUACAUCAAAAGUGAAAAAUAGAAAGCCAAUAUACAACAAAAAGCAUUCAUUUGUUCGUUCGUUCGGUCAGCAGUCAAAAAGGCAAUUAAAGUCCAUUGAAAAAGUGAACAAAGCAGUGAUAAUUGUGAAAUCAAAGUAAACGCCUUUAAAUACAUAUAUUUUGCUUGAAUUUUGUGCCAGAAGUUUUUCAAAUAUUCAAGUACUAAUCAGUUCCCGGAAAAGUGGAGAAGUGGAAGAGAACACGAACCUCAACAAAACGAAUGGAUCAUCCAAACAAAGGAGGAGGCGGUGGAACGCCAACACUUGAUAAGCCCUCAAUUUUGGAAGGUGUUCUAAACAAUCUUUUCGAUGGCCUGGCUGACAAGGAUGAAACCGUGCGCUUUGCCAUACAGUCUGCCUUGGUAAAGAUAAUUGAAACACAUCCGGUGAGGGCAACAGAAAUUCUCUGUGAGUACCGGGAAAAACAUCCAAAACUAAAUGAACAAACAACAAAUAUUAUACUAAAGGCCAUUGAAAAAGUAGUUUCCUCGGAUACGACCAUACCAACGGAGGCCCAUAAAAAACUAGCCGCAUUGGCCAUAGAAGAACUAACACGUUCCACUGAACAUGUUCCCAACAUACAAAAUCAUGCCCUCAAUAUCCUGGUGGCCAUUGGUCGGGGCGAUGAUUGUAAAAUGGUUAUGGAAGCCCUAAUGGCUCACACGAAAGAGGGAACAGUUGCCCAUUUUAUGGUGAUGCAAUGUUUUGGCACCUUGGCCUCCACCAAUGUACCAGCUGUAGUGCCUUUUAUAAAACAGAUUUUAGCAACUAUUUUGACAAAUUUAAAUUCCAUAAAACAGGAUCACAUUAAACAAGCUCAUGCAUAUGCAAUUGGUCGUUUUAGUGAAGCUCUAUUGGAACAAACUUCAGCAAAUGCUGCCGCUGCAACGGCAGAAAAUAGUGCUGCAACCACAAAUGGUGAAGAUAUUAUCGAAACAAAACCUCAGGCAGAAUCUACAACCAUUGAACCCUUUCCCGAUUGUUCAACAGAAAUAUCCAUAGCUUAUGAUGUGCUCUUCAAACAGUGGCUACACUCGCGAGAACCCAAAGUUUGUGUGGAAAUAUUACAGGCAUUAUCUUCCAUGUUUCCCCUACUGCCACCGGAUACAAUACAAGAUCAAACACCCCGUUUGGUGCCACAGGUAUUGGGCCUAUAUCGCCGUUCCAUAGAACGCAACAGUAUUACCCAAUUUUUGUCGGCUGUGUUGAAAACAAAUAUUGCCAUACAACCUUCGGUACUUGACAGUGUUGCCGACCAACUGAUUUCGAAUCUUUUUGAUUUGGUCUGUGUCUACCCCGACUAUGAGAAACCACAAACCGUUAAGGGCCAUUAUGAAGUCCUGAGAUGUUUCCAUUUAUUGUCCAGUGUCUAUGCCACAAAGAUAAUGGAUACAUUGCUAAUGCAUUUGCGUAAUAACAGUGAAAGGGAACGCAUCAAAUCCCUGCUGAUAUUGACACAUCUUCUGAAUACCUCCACGGUGAACAUUGAAAAUAAGUUGCAGGCUUUUAUUGAAUGCCUCAAGCAAAUGAUUACCGGUGAGAAAAGUAUUAAAAUGAAAAUGACUUUGCUAAAGUGCAUUGUGGCCCUGGCCCAGAAGUCAUUUAUCAAAGAAAAGGAAUUUGUUUGGUUCAUAGUACGUUACAGUUGUAAAUACACCAAAGUCAAUCAGGAACAUGGUUCCCUGGAAGACCAUGCCAACUUUGUUUUGUCCUGUGAAAGUUCGCUGCAUAUGUUGGCCUCCACGGUGGGUACCAUGGACGAGUUGCUGAAACGGGAGCUGCUAAACUAUUUUGUUUUAUUGGAUUACACCGACAUUUGUUCAAAUUUGGCCAAAUGUCUGGCAAGUUUAUUUGCCAAAUCGGCAAAUAUAGAAUUUGAAAUUGCCCAUGAUGAAGAUGAGCCGCCCGAAAGGAGGGAGUCCAAUGCUGGCGGAGAGGAUGUAACAACGGCCAAAACUCCCAGUUUGGUAAGGAGCGGUAAAAUUGUAGUACCCUCGGCAGAGACCAUUUUUGCCAGAUGUUUAUCUCUGCUGGGCAAUUAUCAUUGCAUUAAGAGAGCCACAAAUAUCUUGACAUUCUUGAAAUACUAUUAUCCCCAUCUAAAUCCGGAGCUAUGCAAAUUGUGGGACAAGUCCAUAUCGGAUUUACUCUUGAAUAUCAACAAAGAAUCUUUGUAUUUCAAUAAACUUAACAGCUUCAUUGUGGAGACCAAUGCAUUUCUGGCGAAACAUGAUGAACAUUUCGCCGAACGUUUGGCCAAUAAAAUGGCUGAGCAAACGAUAAUCUAUCCAAUGGUCUUGCCACACAAUGAAUUUGUUAUUCCCUCUCUGAAUACCGAACGGGGCAUGCUAAUGAAGGCCAUGGCAUUGACGUUGUGCAAUGUCAACGACGAUGCCACUAUCAGUGCCAAAUUGGAUUUGAUCAUCACCGCUGCCAGGCAGGAGAAAAUGGAUAAACAUACCAAGCACAUUGAAUACGAGGAUAAAAUCAUACCCUAUUGCCAGGCCUUGGGUUAUUUGGCUCGCAAACACUACGCCCUAGUUAUUAAGAAACUAGCCGAAUUGGCCAACAUUGGCGGCCGCAAACAUUCAACCGGUUUCUUUUCGAAUUUACACUUUAUCAAAGACACUCACAAGGAAUUGGAAAAUUUCAAAACCAAUCUUUUGGCCAUUAAGUCCCUGGGACAUGUCAUGGAUGAAGCUGACCCGCAACAAUCAUUGGCCAAUCUCGAUGACACCAUAUUUAACUUUCUAAUACUCCAAUUGAAAUUCACCAAAGACCAGUGCAUAAUGUCUGCCAUUUUGAAGACGCUUUUGAGUAUUUGCAAUCAAAUGAUAAGCGCCAAGGAAACGCAAAAGACUCCUCUUAAAUAUCGUAAACAAAUAAUGGAGGCGGUAUUUAGUAUACCCAUUGAACCGCCAUUCGAUGAUUUACCUCUGCUGCCGGUUAUUCUGAAAUUGGGCACCGACUUUAUACGCAUUGGCGGAGAUGAUGCCACCGAAUCGGUUGAUGGUGGAGUUAUCUUCGAAAUAGCCUGUAAGAACUUCUUCAACUGUGCCCAGAAUUUAAAAAUGAAAUUCGAAUCGCAAGAAGAAGAUGAACGCAACAGUUUUCUGGCCAAAUAUCUUAAUGAGUCGUUGCCGGAAUUGAAUAAACUAGUCAAAGUUAUAAUCGAAAUGGAUCCCUCGCCAUCGACCUUGGAUUUGAUAAUUUCCAUACUAGAAACAUGGACUCGUGAUAAGAACUCUGAAGUACGCAUUUGUGCUAGUCACGUCUACAACAACACCCUAGAAGUCUACAUAAAAUCAAUGAAAAUUGGCUGCGAAGCACCAUCGAAAUUCAAUCAGACUGGGCAAAUGUUGGGUAAGAUUGUGCCACGUUGUAUCGAUUCGAAUGGCACAGUACGUCAAGUAUCGGUGGACAUACUGCAAAAGACUCUAGAGAUUGCAUGUAUUUAUGAAACUCUCACGAUUGCCGACAGUGAAACGGAUUGGGUGAAAGAAAUUGAAUUGGUCAAGGAACAGAUUAUCACCGAUGAUCCUAAACAAAUUUACAAUCUUGCUGGCGAGAUUGCAAAGAUCAUUGCUGUACGAAUUUCCAAUUUUCAAUAUCUGCAAUUUUGUAAAACCUUAUUGGCUGGACUCAAGGAUCCAGAACAAAGCUCCGCAAUUGGUGCUUCCGUGGUGUUGAAGUUCUUUAUACAACAGAAAGGGUCCGAAUUAUUCCAUGCUAUACCCGAUCUGGUUAAAGAAUGUCUGGGGGCCAUACACUCCUGUGAUGUAAAUCGUGCCAAGUCCGGAGUACUUAAAGCAUUGGUGGCCCUCACCAAGCAUCAUCCAAAGUUGGUGUCAUGUGAAAUACUGACACAGCAGCUACCUUAUGAAGAAAACAUUGUCGAAUAUUGGCAUUUGGUAUGUACCGAUGCUGAGCUGGCUGGGGUAUUAAUCGAUCACUUUCUACAAAUACUUUCAUCCGCCUGUAUAUAUGAACAAAACGAAGCAUGUGUGGAUAGGCAAAAAAUUGCAAGUGUUCAGCCUUUUGCCAUUUUCUGUGCUCUACACGAAAUGAUGCCUUGCAAGGAUAUUAAAACGCAACUUAAAGUGAAAUUUCCCGAAUUGUUUACCAUGCUACUCACAUCGCUGGCCUCAUAUACAAAUCUGGCUGCACCCAUGCAAACUGGACCGCCGCGUAGUGUCUCUCCAACGCCCACCUCGAGUUCCUCUUCCAUUAUCACUCUCUCAACGGGGUCGAAAAAUAAAUUCGGUUUUGUACCCAAUAAAGAAUCGAUCAAAUUGAAUCCCUGCCAAAUUGUCUUGGAAACAUUCCAAAAAUUUCUCGACAGUUUGGAAAUGGAACAAAUUGCAACCGUACUUACUGUACACACCCAUUUAGCUUCUAGUACUGAUCUCAAAAAUUUCAUAGAACUGCUUACCCCCAUGGCCAUUGGUGUGUCAAAUCAAAUUGACAUCGAUUCCAGUGAAAUGAAAAAUAUUGUGACAACCCUAAGUAAAUAUGUAGCCUCUCCGUACGAUGCCCAGCGGGUGGCAGCAGUGGGAUUAUUCUCACGCAUGGUACCCCUCAAGCCGUGUGGAGAAAUAUCCGCAAAUAUAAUGAAUCAUUUGACAAAUGCUCUAAGUGAUCCCAAUGCAAUUGUGCGAGGUUUAAGUAUUCAGGGCAUGGGCUAUGUGGGCCUACUUAAUGAUGAUGAUAUUGAAAAAUAUGAUGAGACUGCAAUAACGGCUCUUUUGAAAGGAGUUGAUGAUACUGUGAGCGAUUGCCUGAUAAAUAUUCCCCUAGAGAGUAUGCGUGGUUUAUCACGAAUAUUACAAAAUCUUCCCAGUGAUCGUGUUGAAACUUUCCAUGUUUCGUUGGCCAUACGUAUUAGACCCUUCUUUGGUAGUUAUUCUCUGGAAAUACGUGAGGCCGCGAUCAUAUUAUUUGGUGACUUAUGUGAAUCUAAGAUUGCUGUAAAAGAUGGUACCGCAUCGCCAUCGGAAUCAUCAAAUGAAGCCCUGAGAGAACAAUUAAUAGCAAAUCUAUUUCCUUUACUUUUACACUUAAGCGAAGGGGAAGCUUCUAUUAUUAGGGCCUGCAAGGGUACCCUACGCAAAGUUUGCCGCCUACUGAACUCGUUGAAGAUUAAUGAUAUGGCUCAGCGACAUUUAUUGGAUCAUGGCCAAUUGAAUUAUAAUAAUUUUAUUAUAGAUUUUGUAAAAGUUAUUUCUAUGGAAAUGACCGAUCACAUCCAAGACUUUAUAGACUCAUGUUUACCCAAAUUACGCAGCCAAUGGCCAGAAGUAAGAGGCAGUGCAGCAAUUGUUAUUGGCAUUUUGCAUAACUUCCUUGCGGAACGUAAUACCCAAACUGAGGCCGUUGGCAAUAAGCUUGCUGCUCUACUUAAAGAUGAAAACCAUUUUGUACGCGUAAAAGCAGCCACAGCAUUAGGUUACUUCUUUGGAGAUAUAUAAGCGAAAAAAAUGUAUUUUCCACCUAUCAUUACACUAUCUGUCCGAAACGAUUCGAUGAAUGACUAAAAAAUUGUAUGCCAAAAAAAAGAAGAAAAAACUAAAUUACAUUUAUGUUAAAUGGUUAUUUGUGUGUGAUUUCCAAACUCUAUAUCUAGUACUUGAUGUGAUUUAUCCAAACAUUUUUCCGCACUAGUCUGUAAGUAAAUGAAAGCAUCACUUAUACUAUUACUUCGGGACACAUAUUCAAAACAAAAACUCAAUUGAUAUUGUGAUUGUUGAAAAUUAGGAAACAAAUAUUCACCACUUCCUGUGACCAUUAUGUGCCCUUUCCUUAUUAACAGUUGUGUAUCAUGUUUUCUCUCCUCAUCGAGUUUUUUU